GGUUGGCCGGGCUGCUGGAGUUACGCAGAUUGCGUAGCGUUGGGUCUGAGUGACAAAGAGAACGAGCGGCGAGCACGGAGAGAGGCAGUUAGAGAAGCAGCAGCCGCAGAUCUUCUGAGUCGGUUUUACGGCUCUCGCUCGGCUUGGACCGCGGUUUUUGGACCGUUUUUAAACCCUCGGCUCGUUGGUUUUGUGAUUAUUACGGGUGUAUGGAGUUACCAGGGGCGGAGAGGCCGUGGGUAACCGUGUUGAAGGCGGGCAGCUGGGGAGCAAACGCUGGAAUCAUCGGCUGAAGCGAAGUGAAGUGAAGGGGAGCCGCCAUGGCUGCUGGUGCUGCUUCUGCUGGGUCGUUGAGUUCCCACCUCAGUAUAUGAAGGGAAUUUAGCGUUUUUUAGGCGGAUAGUGUCGGUUUUAGCUGGAUGAGGAAAGAUUUGAGAAUAUAUUUGUGUGUGGCUUGUGGAGAUAAUUAGUGGUUAAAGCUGAAAAAUAGAGUAUUAGCUAGAUAUAAGUUAAAGGAGAAAGGAGAUUCUAGAGCUAGCUUACCUAGAGCUGUAGGAGAUAGCGUUAACUAACCUAUAUAUGCCUUUUUGGUUGAGGUUUGAGGCUUAAAGGGAACAUUGGGAAAGGCUAUUAUCAGGACAGUGCACGGAAAACUAGCUAGCUAAACUCAAUAAUCCAGAAAAUGAUUUGAGAAGCAUUGAGAAGCUCUUUAGCUGGCUAGGACAGGUCAGGAGCUCUUGGGAGACCUUCGGCUAGCCAAGCUAGCGUGAGUUUAGCUGUUCAGUAGAGGAGCUUUUCACCACCUCCAAUUUUGUGCUCAAGAAAAUAAAUAAAAAAGGGACCUCAAUACGGAUUUUAUUCCACAUCAAAAAACAACACAUCUGUCAACCUAUCUAUCUAUUAAACAAGCUAGUUAUCUAGCUAAGUGUUGGACUUUGUGGACAACAGAAGAACAGGCAGCUUAAAAUGUCUGGACGGCCUAGAACCACCUCCUUCGCAGAGAGCUGCAAACCAGUGCCGCAGCCAUCCGCCUUCGGCAGCAUGAAAGUCAGCAGAGAUAAAGAUGGCGGUAAGGUGACCACAGUGGUGGCGACCCCAGGCCAGGGUCCUGACAGGCCGCAGGAGGUCAGCUACACAGACACUAAGGUCAUCGGCAACGGCUCGUUCGGCGUGGUCUACCAAGCUAAACUCUGCGACUCAGGAGAAAUGGUGGCCAUCAAGAAAGUCCUGCAGGACAAGAGAUUUAAGAAUCGUGAACUUCAGAUCAUGAGAAAGCUGGAUCACUGCAACAUCGUCCGCCUCCGAUACUUCUUCUACUCCAGUGGAGAUAAGAAGGACGAGGUGUAUCUGAACUUGGUGUUGGACUAUGUUCCUGAGACCGUGUACAGAGUAGCCAGACACUACAGCCGAGCCAAACAGACCCUACCUAUGGUUUAUGUGAAGUUGUAUAUGUACCAGCUCUUCAGGAGUCUGGCCUACAUCCAUUCGUUUGGAAUCUGCCAUCGGGACAUCAAACCACAGAACCUGCUGCUGGACCCAGAGACAGCCGUGCUCAAGCUCUGCGACUUCGGAAGUGCUAAGCAGUUGGUUCGAGGUGAGCCCAAUGUGUCCUACAUCUGCUCACGGUACUACAGAGCCCCUGAACUCAUCUUCGGAGCCACUGACUACACCUCCAGCAUAGACGUGUGGUCGGCUGGCUGUGUGCUGGCUGAACUGUUGCUAGGGCAACCAAUUUUCCCCGGCGACAGCGGAGUGGAUCAGCUGGUGGAGAUCAUCAAGGUUCUGGGAACACCCACACGUGAGCAGAUUCGUGAGAUGAACCCAAACUACACAGAGUUCAAGUUUCCCCAGAUUAAGGCCCACCCAUGGACUAAGGUGAGUCAACAGGUGUUCCGGCCACGCACACCACCUGAAGCCAUUGCCCUGUGCUCUAGGCUGCUGGAGUACACACCCACCGCUCGCCUCACUCCUCUCGAGGCCUGUGCGCACUCCUUUUUCGAUGAACUGCGGGACCCCAACAUCAAACUUCCCAACGGACGAGAGAAACCCUCGCUAUUUAACUUCACCACUCAAGAAUUGUCCAGUAACCCAUCCCUGGCCAGCAUCUUGAUUCCUGCUCAUGCACGUAAUCAGGCUGGAGCCUCCACCCCCUCCAAUGCCUCCUCCACUACAGAUGGCAACAAUGGGGACCGCGGUCAGACCACCACUGCAGCCUCUGCCUCGGCCUCCAACACCUCUACCUGAGUGUCCCAGCCAGUCACCUCCAACCCAGCCCCGCCUCCAGGGCUACGCCUCCUCUCUGCUGCUCCACAGCUGAACUGGGCAGGGUUCGAAUCAUCUAAACCACCACACUUUAUCAAGCCUGCAAGAGCCAACCCUUAUUUAAAGUGUUCCACAGCACUGUCCAGACCAGAGUUCACCAAAGCUGUACGGAAGACGCUCGGCCCGAGUGUGGAUUUCUUUUUGGGGGGGAGAGUUUGAGAGAGAGUAAACGAGAGAGUUGUGAGCAGCAAGGGUACGAGGGAAAACCCGUAUAUUCACUUGUGCGCUUACACACACAUACACACACACACUCGUGUUAUGUAGGUACACUUUUCUUAUUCUCAGUGGACAAUCCUUCAAUCAAAGCAAUCCAGUAGCCAAAUCCAUCUUCUUCCGUCUCAGUUUAGCAAACCUGUGUGUUCAAACAUCCCUCGCUCUCUCGUUCUUUCUCUCUUUCCCCCUCUCUCAGUCUCUCUAAAGCGGUAUCAUACACACUUCAGCCUCCCUCACCUGCCUCAUUCUCUUCCCCUCACGCUGCCCCCUCCUGGCAGGCUCGGUCAUGCAUGGCUUGAAUUUGGUCGGGAGCACCCUGUAAUAUUUUAGGGGUUAAAGCGAAAUUUCUGCCGUGUUAUAGUCCAGAUUUUGAGUGAGCUCCACUAGCCGUGCAUGUUUCAGCAACAAAGACGAUCAAAGGAAAAAAGAAAAGAAAAAAAAAGGAAGGAAAAUGCUCACCGUGGUCCGAAGUUUUAUUAUGUAGGGGUUUUAAAGAAAAAAAUACUCAUGAUUUAUUUUUUAUGUUAUUUUAUUUUGUACCUAAAAAAAAAAAAAAAGAACUUUAUUGGGUUGGGGUGGGUUGGGGGAGGCGGGGUAGAUGAUUUGAUUGACACAAGAGACUUGUUCUACACGUCUCAGUUUCUGUGUUCUUGUAUUUUAUAUAUAUAUCUCUAUACAUAUAUAAAUACAUACACAGUUUAUAUAUUACUUUGCAUUGUAAAAAAAAAAAAAAGUACAGUAUAUAGAUAUUAUCUAGUGUUCAUCUGUUCAAACCUCAUCAAGGCCAGGUCAAGUUUUUAUUUGGUAGCCAACAACUGGCUACUGACUCAAGUUAUGUACAUAAAUAUAUGUAUAUUUGUGUAUAUAUAUUUGUGUACAUCUAGAUCCGAACAGAAGCACAUUCUGCCAGAAACGCUGGAAAUUCUAGCGAAUGUGCUCCUUGUUUCUGCAGUUUUCUGUCCACCCUGUAGUUAUCCAGAUUCAGUUCUAACCCCUGGUUCUUUCUGUUAUUUAUUGUCGCCUCUGUAUUAGUAGUCCUCAGGUUCGUGCUUGGCCUCGUUUUUUGGUCACGUCAGAAAAACAGGUUUUUGUUGCACUUUUCAUAUAAAAAAACAAAAAACAAAACAGAAAUUAAAGAAUAAAGAAUACCUUGAAUGCGGAGCAUCAGAUUUGACAUUCUGUAGACUUUGGUGUAGUGUUAAUAGUUUGUACCUGAACAUAAAUAGAAGUGGUAAGAGCUAAGAGAACAGUUAUAUUACAAGACAUGGUUCUAUUAGAAAUUAUGAGGAUUGUUCAGCGUUUCACACGUCUUGUUUUCUGUUUUUCAUGUUAUCAUGUGGAAUCAUUGAAGCUGUAUUGUAACCACUACUUGACUUUGCAGGUUUUCUGUUUGUGGGUGUUUUUUUUUGUUUUUUUGUUUUUUUUUGUGACAUUCACUUUAUUGUAAGUGGAAAAGCUUUGUACAUUUUAUUUUAUUUCAUAAUGUCUUAAAACAGGUUUAAAUCAUGGCAGUAAAACAAACAGCAAAGCAGCAAAAGGUGUAAAUACAGUACAGCACAGUUGCUCCUUGCCAAAUUCCAGCUUGUACUUUUUUUUUUUGUUUUAAAUAUAAUUUUUUUGUUAUUUAGAGUUUUGGGUUUUCAUGGUAUGUACAUACGCUGACCUGAGAACUGUUAAUGAGCAAAAACAAAGACAUUAAAAGAAUAACGAAAAAAAUAUUGAAAGAUCAGGGCGAAAUGAACUGUUUGUUGGAUACUGUAGAUGAGGAGCUUUCUUCAGCCAUAUAGUUCAAUCUCUUCUCUGUACAGUAGGUGCCAGCUAUACUAUUGUAAUAAUAAGUAGUAACUGUAUAGUGUAUCUAUAGUUUGGAGUGCCUUUGCUUCCAUACACCUCCUCACACCCAAUCACCCUUUACUAAUCUACUCUCUCUUUACACAGUACUGUAACCCCUCCUGAGUGAUGACCCUCUGCAGCUGCUGUUGACUGGUCCAUCCUAGAAGCUCCUAUGUUCUUGCUUUCUCCAUCAAAACUAUACCAUGUUCUACACUCUUAAAAAUAAAGGUGCUACAACACAGGGUUCUUGGAGUGAAGCAACAUAAGAACCUUAUUUUGUACAAACAUAAGUGUGAGGGAUAAUGGUUCAGCAAUUUAAGAGGUUCUUUACACUUCAUCACCUUUACAAAAAUGGAGCAUUACUUAUAUAACUAUAAGUUUGUUGCACUUUUAUUUUUAAGGUUGUGGUGCACCAGCUCCAGGCGAUACAUGCAGAACAGUUGUUUAUAAUAAAAUGUUUAACCAAAGUAUCAAGUUUUCUCGGCCCUGGUCUUGGAGGCACUCUGUCCUGCACAUUUUAUUAAACUAAUCAGUUGCAGUGCAAGCAAGAAGAAAAAGCACUAAAAUGUGCAGGGCAGGGUGCCUCCAGGUCUAAAAUUGAGAAACACACUGGUGUAUCUGUUCUGGUCUUGCACAGCGUCAUGAAUGGAGCUAAAUGUUUGAAAUGGAGCAUGCAUGGUAGCAUAUUUAAAUGGUACUUCAGAAUCCAAUAGCUGUGGAGGAAAUGCAAUAAAAAAAAGUUAUAUUCGCCUUUUAAACCCUGCUUACAUUUUAAUUUAUUUUGAAUGAUAUAGAAUCACUUUUAAAGCAUUGUGACCAAUCAGAUUCAAUUUUAGCCCUGGAGCCAGAAGUUUUAAUCCUGUCCAAUAAAAGGUCUUUUGUUCACUUUAGACCCACCGAAGUCCCAUCACCCCUCAUCUGCAAUAAUAUUGUUUUUUGUUUUUUUUUUUGCGCGAGCUUCUGCACUUGUUUGCACUCAGUGUGAUGACCAGCCAACAGCCGUGUUCAAGGGGCGUCACGUAGCACCUCCCGAUCCUCCAUUCCUUCAACCCGUGUGUAAAAGCUUGCUUGUAAGAUACGCAUUCAUAGAUGUGUUCCUUUUCACAGACAGUGUGACCACUUCUUGUGACUAAAGUUAAAUAAGAGUUAAAAAAAAUGUAAAGAGACAAAGGUUUUAAACAGAAAAUACAAAAAAAAUAAAAAAUAAUAAUGUACAAAGACUGUCGGUUAUAUACAGACAUCACAUUACAAACGUUGUUGAGGGGGAAGACUGUCUUGAUUUAAAAGAAAAAAGAAGAAAAAAAAAUACAACCUGUAUAACAUUACUACUACUUGAAUGCCUCUGUUUGUGACUGAAAUUUUUAUUUUAUUUUAAAUAUAUAAAUUUUUUUUCUUUCUGUGAAGGUAUGCUAAAUGUCUCCUUUCCUUGUAAAUAUGUCAGUUUUGGUCCUUGGUGUGACUCGGAUUCAGAGAAUAGUUACCUGGUACUGUAAUUUGCAUUAAAUAAAGAGUAGGAUAGCUUGGAAAUGGA